AUGAUAUUCAAUCUGUUUUUGCUUUUUUUUUGGUUAUUUUUUCAGGAUAUUUGGAGUGCAAACAACCAAGAAACUUUGAACAGAAUAAAAUUUAGAUCAUAUAAACGAAACAUAUAUAAUAAAGAGAAUGCAAAUCCUGUAGAACAUUCAAAACGUUCAGAAGAUACAAUAGAACGUAAAUGGGAUGAUUUAAAUGAUUUUUCAUAUAAAAAUCAUUUGAUUUACCGAAGAUUAAAGAAAUUGAAAAUGCAUAACCAAGUCAACCAUCUACAACAAAGGAGUAACCCUCCUGUAGAAUCUUCAAAAGCAGCAGGAUUUACUAAUGAUCAAGAUAGAGCGUUUAAAACUCUUUUAAAAAGACAAUUAGAUGCAAAACAAGCAAAUCUUGUAUAUAAAGAAGCAAGUAAAACGACCGAUCUCAAAAAUUAUUUUAUUUCUAGUGAAAAUCUAAUAUCGGGUAUUUUUGAAGAAAAUAACUUAUUAGAAAAUGAUAAUGAAGAUUCUGAAGAAUAUUGUGGUGACGAGUGUGAAGAAUGCUCUGAUAGCGAAUUAGUUCAAGAAUGUUCCUGUGAAGAAUGCGAUUUUGGGUGUUUUGACAAAGACGAUCCUAGUCAAAUGUUUUGUGAAUUGAUAGAUAAUACAGAUCAUAUAACUGAAUCAAUCUUGAAUGAUGAUUUAGACAACGAAAAUAAAGAAAGUUCAGAAAAUGCACUAAAUUUUGAGGCUUCAAAUAUAAAUGAAUCGAAUGGAAUAAAUUUUCUUAAAAAAAGAUCUCAAUAUGAAGAAAACACAGAUAAGGAAAAAGAAGAAAAAUUUCUAGAUUCUAAUCUUAAUAAUAAAUUUCUAUUGAAACAUAAUUUAUGGUAUCUUAAUUAUGUACCAUAUACAGAAGAGGGUCUAUGCAAAACAAAAGAAGAUAUUGAUUACAAUCUAAAACUAAUUCCAAAGAAGGGGUUUAAUUCUCUUUGUAUAUAUAACAGUGAUCCUAAUGCAUUAAAAAUAAUUGGAGAAGCAUCUAUAGCUCACAAUAUCGAUAUAAUUCUUGGUAUUUAUAUUUAUCAUAACAGUAUCAAUACAGUUAAUAAUGACAUUAACUCUAUUUUCUCUGGUGUAUGUAAAGUGGAAGAAUUAAUGUUGAAAAUUAAAGAGAUAAAACAAAAGCUUAACCAAUUAAAAUUAGAUAUACCAAUUACAACAGAAAAGACAAUUGUAACUUACAAGAUGUAUCUACAGCAUUAUUCUUCACCAAUGAUCGACCUAGUAGGCUUAAAUUCGCAUGCUUUUUCCAGUAAUAAUAUAAGUACAUCCUUACUCAAAAACUUUAUUCAUAAACAAACCAAAGAAAUUCAAAAAAUUUUCCCCAGACUCCAAAUUUCAAUACUAGAAAGUAAAUAG